AGAAGUCGCCCCAAAAACUACAGCAGUAAGAACUGACGUUUCGGUGUUUUUUGCCCUCCCUCCACCAAUUUUUCCACCAAAUCCAGCUUUAUUUCUUUUUGAAGAUGCCCUCCACGCGGAUCCAGUGCGCCCUGGCUCUCCUGGCCGUCGCGCUCUCCGUCUGCAGCGUCUCAGGCGCGCCGUCUGAUGCCAAACUGCGCCAGUUCCUCCAGAGGUCGAUUCUUGCACCGUCUGUAAAACAGGAGCUCACCAGGUACACGCUCGCAGAGCUGCUCGCAGAGCUCGCGCAAGCCGAAAACGAGGUGCUGGACUCGGACGAGGUGUCUCGCGCCGCGGAAAGCGAGGGCGCGCGCCUGGAGAUGGAGCGAGCCGCCGGUCCCAUGCUGGCUCCCCGCGAGCGCAAAGCCGGCUGCAAGAAUUUCUUCUGGAAAACUUUCACGUCGUGUUAAUCGUUUAGUCGAAAUACUUUCCUCAUAGUCUAUAAAUAUCUAUCUAUUUUUCCCUUCCCUCCCCCCACACAUACAUAUACAUGUAUACAAUUUGUUUUCUUUCUUUAGUUUUCAAGCUCACAUCAUGAUGUCUGCAUAAAAUGUAAAUAAAAUAAUAAUAAUAAUAAUAAUUUAAAAAAAGAUGUUCCAUUUAUUAAGUGUUAUCAAUUUACGGUUCUAUGAAGGAAUGUUUUAUGGAUGUAUGGAAAUUCUGUUAGAGAUCUGUACUUUAGAUGGAAAUAUUUAACAAAAACAAAUAUUUUUAAUUGUUUGAAUAAAAUAUAUGUUUCACAGCC